AUGAAGAAGCUUAGAUAUAUUUCUAUUCGCACAAUGAUGAGAUAUGAAUCAUUCUCUGGAGAUAUUGAUUAUCUCUCCAACCAGUUGAGGUGGCUUGAUUGGCCAUACUGUCCGUUGCAAUGUUUGCCAUCCAAUUUUCAUGCAAAGAAACUUGUAAAUCUCAAUAUUUAUAGGAGUUGCAGAAUCACACGACUAUGGGAGGGGCAUAAGAAUUUUCCAAGGCUAACAUGGAUGAAUUUAAGUGGCUGUGAAUCCCUAAAGGAACUCCCACACUUGAGUGAAAUCCCUAACUUGAAAGAGUUGAAUUUAAGUGGCUGUGAAUCCCUAAAGGAACUCCCAGACUUGAGUGAAAUCCCUAACUUGAAAGAGUUGAAUUUAAGUGGCUGUGAAUCCCUAAAUGAACUCCCAGACUUGAGUGGAAUCCCUAACUUGAAAGAGUUGAAUUUAAGUGGUUGUACAUCCCUAAAGGAACUCCCAGACUUCAGUGGAAUCCCUAACUUGGAAGAGUUGGAUCUAUCUAAGUGUACCAGUUUAGUUAAGAUUCCUGAUUCUGUUGGAUUGCUUGAUAAGCUUGUUACCUUGAAUGUUGACUAUUGCGAUAACCUUAUUAUGUUUCCAAGAAAAAUCAACUUGAAAUCUGUAGAAACAAUCUCUAUGAUGUUUAGCAAGCUUAAGGAAUUUUCAGAAGUUGGGGAAGAGAUGGUUUCCUUGAGAAAAUUGAAUCUAGCAGCCACUCGCAUUAAAGAAUUGCAUCCGUCCAUUACGAAACUUAUUGGGCUAGAAGAGUUGAUUCUAGGCGCUUGUGAAAAUCUUACAACUCUGCCGUAUAAUAUUUAUGAGUUGCACAAUCUAAAGAUUCUUUUUGCGACGGGAUGCUUUAAACUUGCUACAUUUCCAGAAAUUCCAAUAAAAAUGGAUUCCUUGAGAGAUCUCCAUCUUCCACGCAGUGGCAUAAGAGAAUUGGAUGAGUCAAUUAAAAAUCUCAUUGGGCUUCAAAGGUUGGAUCUUCGUUGUUGCAAAAAUCUCACAACUCUACCGUGCAACAUUUAUGGGUUGCAAAAUUUGGUGGAUCUUGAUCUUAGUGGCUGCUCAAAACUUGUCAGAUUUCCAACAAAUACCAAAAUUUUGAAUGUCGAUGGUUGCUCACUAUCACUUCCCAAGCUAGAUUACUUGAAUAUCGCAGGAUGCAGUUUAUUAUCAGAUUGUGAUUUCCUGAUGACUCUUGAUUGCUGGGAAACAUUAGAGUGGCUUAAUCUGUCAAGAAACAAUUUUGUUAGUCUUCCUGCUUGCCUCACCAAAUUUGUCAAGUUGCAGAUGCUUGACUUGUCCGGUUGCAAGAGACUCCGAGGAAUUCCGGAGAUUCCACCAAACGUUAAACCAAAAAUAAGAGGUUGUGAAUCACUGGAGGAGAGAUCCUCGACAUUGACAGAUCCUGGAGCUGUGAUAGAGGCGGCGUCGCCGUCAAUUGAAGAGCCAACUCCGUCAUCAUGGCUUUCUUUGUCUUCCGAAACUCCGAAACGACACCGCAGCGCGGAAGAACCAUCACCAACACCAGUGAAUCCUCCGAAACGACAACGCACUGCCGCCGGGGGGCAAGCACCGGUGGUCCCCAUGUUCCCUGACCAUCACUCAACUACUAGUCCACAGCUUCAACACCAAGACGAAUCAACUGAGCUGUUAAGGCUUUCUCUGUUAAGGCUGUCUCUGUCUUAGCAACCAACACUACCAUUCACAUCAUCUAGCUAUUUAUUAGUCAGACAGAGAGGUUUGGGUAUGAGGCUGUCUUCAUCUGCUAUUUACUCAUCAAUCUAUGGAAUCAAUGAAGGCAUGGUGCUUUUGGAUCUGGUAGGUGCUUGAGAUUGGCUACAUGAUGAUGGGGAAUAAUGGUAUCAAAGCUGCUUUGUAGUCCUCCACAUUGUUCAUCCUCAAUUGAUUCAAUUGUUGUAGCAGAACAUUGGUGGUAUCAGCUAACUAGGAAAUGCAAAUUAAGAACCAACAAAACCUCGUGGCCCAGUUAAAGGUGAUCAAGACCAGUGGCUGUCUUUGUCUUAGCAACCAACACUACCAUUCACAUCAUUUAGCUAUUUAUUAGUGAGACAGAGAGGUUCGGGUAUGAGCCUGUUUUGAGGCUGCUGCAGGCUGUCUUCAUCUACUAUUUACUCAUCAAAUCGCCAAGUCUCACAUUUUCGGCCUAGCAACCGUUAUUCCAGAAUUGAACAAAUGGCCCAGUCAAUGGGGACUAUAGAUUUUGCACUUGGAAAGGUUACAAACUCUGGCCAAGUUGGCUACAUGGUGAUUGAUGAUCUAGCUGAAUUUGAGAUGACCACAAAUGAGCUAGAAGUAAAGAGGUUCUAGCCUGGCUCUAGCUAAGAAUCUUGCUUCAAGGUGAUGCCGCAGGUGUGUGCUGACCUUCUUGAGGAAAAUGGAAUUGGCUUUCAUUGUUUCUAAGGAUGGAAUUGAUACUCGAUCAUAUGUGGUGGUUGAUGAGGGUUUUCACAGUCAUAGGCAAGUGGCAUGAGUCUCUUUAGAGGCUGCUGCAGAAUUAGGCUCUCUCCAACAAGUAUGUCUAUUCAUCAGAACUAAUCAAUGAUGGGGACUAUAGAUUUUCCAUUCAGAAAGGUUACACAAUCUGGCCAAGUUGGCUACAUGCUGAUUGCUGAUCUAACUGAAUUUGAGACGACUGCCAAUGAGGUAGAAGCAAAGAAGUUCUAGCCUGGCUUUGGCUAAGUAUCUUGCUUCAAGGUGAUGCGGCAGAUGUGUGCUGACCUUAGUGAGGAAGAAGAAUUGUUUUUCAUUGUGUCUAAGGAUGGAAUUGAUACUUCAUGCCAGGGUAGUGCAGUGGGGUGCUCCACCAAGAAGCUGUCUUAAAUUGAAUAUUGAUGGUGCCUAUGCUAGAGAGAAUGGCAUGGAGGAGUGGGGGUGAUUUUCUGACUCUUCAGGAGGCUUGAAGGGCACCUUCUCUAGGCAUCUUCCUGCAAUCCAAAGCGAGGCAGAAGCUUGUAGAGCAGGCUUGCUUGUGGCUAUUCACCAGAGUUGGAGACAUGUUAAGGUAGAAAGUGAUUGUGCUCAGUUGCUUGCUGUGCUGAAUCUUCAAGGGGAGGAUAACUCUGAGGAAAAUUGUAGAAUUGCAAUCGAGGCAUGAGAAAUUUACUAUGACAAAUGCACCAAAGGUUCUUGGGAAAUUGUGGACACAGGAAAGCCUUCAAGACAUCCAGUUCUAGUUGCGGCAUCUGUGGGAAGCUGUGGAGCCUAUUUGGCUGAUGGUUCCGAGUAUAGUGGCAACUGUGGCGAUGCAGUGACUCUAGAAGCAUUGAAAGAUUUCCACAGGGAAAGGGUUCAGAUUCUGGCCAACUCUGUUGCUCAUCUAAUUGCAUUUGAGACGACACCGAAUAAAUUAGAGGCAAAGGUAAUAUGCUUUAUUCGCCUUAAUGUAUAAGGCCUUGUGCCCUAUUGUGAACAUGGAUUAAGAAAAUGGAAUGAAGUUCAUUACCCUAGGGAGAAUCUUCCUAGCAUAUAUGACAGAUAUGAUUUGCAUGCCAUGAGUAUCGGAAAGUGUUAGGACUAUACAUAAUGCUGAGCUCAAUGUCAGAAAACCUAAGAUGAGGGUGUUUUGGUCAUCUUUUAUUUAGAUCAAUUGGGCCAACUGCUUCCACUAUGCUUUGGCUAAAUACCUUGCUUAAAUGUUAUGGCGCAGGCAUAUGCUGAACUUCUUGAGGAGGAAGCAUUGGAUAUUCCAGCAUGGUUUACUUUUGCUUCUAAAGUUGGAAUCAGUGUGGUGAGUGGUGAUUCCAUCUUUGAGUGUGCCUCUAUUGCUAAUGUGUGGAAGCAAGUUGUUGUUGUUGGAAUCUACUGUACACUGCCUUGAUUUGUCCAGGGGCUGAUUUCAUAUAUUCGGAAGGUAACAAGCAAACCAAUAAUGAUAUACCCCAACAGUGGUGAGACCUAUGAUGGUCAGAGCAAGCAAUGGGUGGUAAAUGUCCUUCUAUAUGAAUACACAGUGCUUGUUGCCCUACUCUUUUAGCUAUAGCAUCUGGAUAUAAAUCUUUUGAUUCAUGGUAUAAUUCACAAGGUAUUGUUCUUUUUGUUCACCGGUAGAUUUUACCUAUUUUAAAGUUGGAAGGUUACCAGCAAACAUAGACUGAUAUACCUUGAUAGUGGCGAGACUCUUCUGAUGGUCAAAGCAAGCAAGGGACGUGAGAUCUAAUGGGGUGGUUGAUCAAGAGUUUGCAGCAAAGGUACCCAUAGGAAGUGGCAUGAUGCUGGAGCUAUAAGCAUAUAUGGUGCUGGUGUUGUAUGCUGAGGUUAUUUCAGAAUGGCCGUUCUUAUUAAGAAGUUCUAGCCUGGCUUUGGCAAAGUAUCUUGCUUCAAGGUGAUGCGGCAGGUGUGCUGAACUUCUUGAGGAAGAAGGAAUUGGUUUUCAUUGUUUCUAAGGAUGGAAUUGAUGCUGUGAGUAGUUACUUCUUCUUGGAGUUUGGCAGUUUGCCUCUGUUGUAUAUUCGUGCAAGCAAGCAUUAAUUAUUUGCAUCAAUUCAGCAGCACAUAUUCAGUAUCUAGUGCCAAUCUGGAUUACCAUUCACAAGGUCUAGUGGCACCCGAUCUUAUGUGGUGGUUGAUGAGGGUUUUCACAGUCAUAAGCAAGUGGCAUGAGUGUAUUUAGAGGCUGCUGCAGGAUCAAGCUCUCUCCAACAAGUAUGUCUAUUCAUCAAAACAGAUCCGUAACAAGCGAAGCAAUCGUGAUAUACAGAAACAGUGGUGAGACCAUUUGUUGGUCGGAGCAAGCAAUGGGUGCCAUCGACUGGGCGGGUUGAUGAAGAGUUUGCAGAAAUAGUCAUAGAGAAGUGGCGUGAGGCUGGGGCUUCCCUGUUUGGAGGCUGCUGCAGGACAACUCCAAAUACCAUAAGGAAGGCUCUUUCUAACAAGUCUUCUGCAGUUAAAGACGGGUAGUUGAGAUCUAAAAAUGAGAUGUAAAUACUUGUAACCGAUGCUAAGACUAAGGGCAUGUGUCUUUUUGAUUU